GACGGCGUUCCCUAACCUCCUCCCGGUGGGCCAAAUAACUACCGAGUCCUUCAGUUUCACUGACUAUGGUGCAUGGUACCUAGCUGGUUACUCUAGUGAUGAUGGUAUCCGUAUGCUUUGGAGACUCCAAUGCAACCAAUGGCUACCUGUUGCCGAGAAGACUAUUUCUAAUAUCGAGGCUUCGGGCAACGAUAUGUUCGUGUUUGGCAUCAGCGAGG